UGGCCGGGAAAUUUCCUGAUUUGAACAAGUGUUGUGAUUAUUAUGAUUUGACCUGGAAUUUUUUGGAAAAAUUCUCCUUCUUUAUGCAGUAUGGUACAUUGAAACUAUGAAGAGUCAGAAAAGAAGGGAUUUAGACUGUAGUGCAGAAGCCAAUCUUGUGGAGCCCAGCCCAGAGAAGAAAAAGAAGCAAUGUGAUGGAUUGAGGUGCAACCAAGAUUCCAAUGAAAAGCAAGUAAAAUCAAGCCAUAAAAAACAGCAGUGGUUGUUGUCAUCAUUUGAUUGUUUUGACACCUCUCACACCAAUGGUGCAAAGAAUUUAAAAAAGAAAUCAAAAGUAACUGACAAAUCAAGAGUAAAUACACUAAAUAGCAGUGAUUUAUGGUGUGAGAAAUAUUGCCCUUCAUCUGAGGCUGAGCUUGCUGUGCAUAAGAAGAAAAUAGCGGAAGUUCGCGAUUGGCUAGUUUCCCACCUGUGUUUGCAGAGUGGAAAUGGUGUGUUGUUGCUGACUGGUCCUCCAGGCAGUGGCAAAACCGCAACGAUGCGAGUUUUAGCGAAGGAAAUUGGUGUGCAGAUACAAGAAUGGGUUAAUCCUUCCGUACAGAAUAGAGAGGAUGAUUUCGAGGAUUCAGAAUGGAAAAACUAUCAAGGGAUGGUGCAUCGUCAGUCACAGCUAAAAAACUUUCGGGAUUUCUUCUUGAGAGCGAACAAAUAUCCGUGUUUAUCGCUUAGUUCAAAUAAUACAGACGUGGAUAAGAAGAUCGUUCUUGUAGAAGAUAUUCCGAAUGGAUUUUAUCGAAAAGCGUCCGAUUUGCAUGAUAUUUUGGGAUCAUACAAAAGAUGCAGUAGAAAUCCUGUCGUCUUUAUUGUAUCGGACAGCAAUAGUAACGAUACGAGUGCUUUCCGUUUGUUUCCCAAAGAUACGAUACAAGAUCUUAGUAUCUCUCAAAUCAGCUUCAACCCAGCUUCGGUAACUAGCCUAAACAAACUUGCUAAAGAGAUCAUUUCGUCUGAAUCAAAUAAGAGAACUGCCACAUUUCAAACACCUUCAAAAGAUAUUAUCGAUAAUUUGGUAUCUGGUUGUAAUGGUGAUAUAAGAGGACUCAUUAAUAAUUUGCAGUUCACUUGCCUAAAAGGCUUUUCUUCAAUGACGUUCCAAAAAAUGAAACACAUGAAGCAGCAAUCACGAGCUGGACGUGAGAAAUCUGGCAAACGUUCCAACAAGAAACCGGUAGAGACUGAAAAUACGACGUCGGCAACAAUUGGAGGAAAGGACACUUCACUUUUUCUAUUUCGAGUUUUAGGAAAGGUUUUGUACUGUAAAAGAGAUGAAUCAAGGAGCACUGCAGGAACAACACUUCCAUCGCAUUUAAAACAUUGUGAACGACAUCCAUUGAUUGAAAAUCCGGAGAGCAUAUUCGAGAAAAGCCACAUGUCAGGGGAAAACCUGAAUUUGUACUUACAUCAAAAUUAUCUGGACUUUUUCAACAAUAUUGACGAUGUGAGUGUCGCAUCCAACUACUUGAGUGACGGUGAUCAUUUAACUGCGGAAUGGAUGCACCGUUCAACAUUAUGUUGUUACACGCCCUCUGUAGCGAUCAGAGGAUUAAUGUUCUGUAAUCAACGUAAAGCUACGAACCAAGCUAAGAAUGUAUGGCGUCCUUUACAUAAACCAAAAUGGUGGGAUGUUUUGAAACAAACACGGCAUAAUAUGUCUACAGCAACGGACUUAUUCAAAGGUCAUUCCCGAAAUGCAGGACAGUUUCAUUGUGAAUAUCUACCAUAUCUUGCGCUUACUGACGUUCCAUUGCAUUCCCCAGGCCAAAUAAAUCACCUUCAAACUGUUUGCACAUUUUCAAAGAACUUGUAUUCAUUCAGAGAUAAUGAUGGCGCACUCCAAGAUAAGGAAAUUGACGACAACGAUAGCGAGCCAAGCUCAUCUCAACCGCAAUCAAGUCAAGACGGGUCGCUUGGGGACAAUGAAGUACUUUCUGUUACUGAAACCAAAUUAGACGACGAUAUUCAAGAGUUUGAGAGCGAUUAGGAGACGAUUGAUAUAAUAUUUUGGUCCGACACUCGCUGCAUUGUAAUAUUCUCUUUCUCGAUAUUGUGUGCGACUUUUUUUUUGCCGGUUUGAAUUAUAAAUAAUGCAUUCACAGAAGAACGAUAUGGAUUUUCGCUUGUUUACUAAUGGAUGGUAGCUACGUUAUUUGGAUGCCUGUUUGUGUCUCCUUGUCAAAAUCGGACUUUGGUAUGUUUCUAAUCCACAUAAGGAGUCUCGAAGCAAAGGUUUAAUCAGAAUUUUUGUUUAAGGGGGGCAGCAAAGGCAUGGGUGUGGUAAGCCUCGCGGAUUUCUGCUCAGGUGGGGCCAAAUUUUUACCGCAAGGGUCCCCUGCUGUGGCUACGCCUUUGCCUCUAAGGAGGCCGAUUCUAUUCAUCCAAAUUGCGAGAGUCGGAACCAUUGAAAUUACUUCACAUGCAUUUAUUCGGAUAACUCGUCACACUUCUUUGAAUAUAUAUAAGCG